GCCCUGCUGACUUCGCACUCUCACUCACCAUGUGACUCCCGUCUUGCCGCCGCGGCGCCGCCCCUUCCCCCAGCCCCCCCCUGCCCUCUCCCUCGGGCUCCAUUCCAAUGUCGGUCGCUUCUGCCCGCAAUGCGCGGCUCGAUUUCGCGCCGUUGUCCGCGGCCCCAUCCAACCCACCUGAAUCCCCUCGCGUUUCUUUCGCUGCCGUGUCGCCACGCCCUCGCCGCUUUUCUUGCUCGUCGCUCUUCUUGGCUCAGCGUUGCCCCACGGCACGGCACCACCUGCUCGUAGUAUGAACACCACGCAGAGCAAGCUUUCCCGAAUGCACAACGUGCUAAGAUUUCGGUGCACAAAAGCUGAGCUUCGUAUUGAACACUCAUCUCAAUCGCUUGUUCCAAUCUCCUCCCACCAGCUCUCGGAACGUUUCUUCUUCGAGCGUUGAUCCGUCGAAAGCGUUCAGGCUCCGUUAAUCUCUCAGGUUUCAGAAUCCAAGGCAAGGCGCUCCGUAGUAACACUGCGGAAACCGGAAAACGGUAUUCACGAGGUCUCACUCAAGCCGGAUUGCUGCACGCAGAAGAGCCUCAGGGGGGGCUCGAACGGACACCUUACAAGACGGACCUCUACAAGCAGCAAUUCAGGACAGAGGUGUACUAGGGAGCUGGAAAAAGAACAGUGAUAUUCGGACGGAGGUUCUAUCCCAAGGAGCGGCAGCAUGGCGCCACGAGUUGCGCUUUUGGUCCCUGUGUUGGUGGCCCUUCUCUUAGUGACACAAGUGGAGGUGAGUAAAGCAAGAGUCGAGAGGACAGUUAGUGAAGCGAGAGGAAAGCAAACGCUGCAUGUUCAGCAGAUUCAGCGCACAGAGUCAGCAGAGUCAACGCACAGAGUCAGCAGAGUCAACGCAGAGUCAGCUGAGCUCAACCCUCACUGUAACAUUCUCUCUUUAAUUCUAACAAUCUUUCGUUAUCUGUAGCACAUAGCAUAUAGUAGGGCGCUCUCGUGUCUCGUCUCCAACCCGCAUUCUUUGCCGCGCACACGGCCACCCCGUUCCUGGGCACUGCUCUCAAAGGUCCCUUUACUCCUCCGGCUCGCCCCUACUUGUCUGUCCCUCGGCCUCUGUGUGGGUGCUUUUCCUUGCAGGCUCGUUGGGUGCGUGUGGGUAGCAACUUCUUGAAUCCAUGGCGCUAUGGCGUGGAAAAGUGGAAGCAGCCCACCGUGAUAGUCGGCGAUGAGCUGAUCUUCAGGUGGUUUGGCUUCCGCAACCUGAGGCAGUUCCAGGACCCAGUGAGCUACACCGCAUGCAACUUCAACCUCGCAUUGAACCUCCACCCCACGCAGUUUGUAGGCUUCUUCCGCUACCCUGUGCCGUCAAGCGACCGCUACACCACUCUUUACUUUGCGAGCAACAAUAACGACGACUGCCAGCGCGGAAUCAAGGCAAAGAUCACCAUCAGUUAGGUGUGGGUUACUGCAAUCGCCACUCUUACUACACAUCUCUGCCCCACCCCUUCGUGGGGUUCUACCCCUACCCUGUGCUGUCGAGUGAUCGCUACACCACUCUCUACUAUGCUAGCAACGCUAACGCCGACUGCAAGUGGGGAUCAAGGCCAAGACCACCAUCAGCUAGCUAUCCCAUUCCAUACCGACACCUAUCUGCCUGAUGACCGUGAUAAAUAUGUAGGAUAAAGUGUCUGUAGUAUGUAGAACAGGGGCUGGGAUUCAGUGUACAUUCCCGUCAGAUCAGGUGAAUAGCUGACGCUACAUUUUGCUCUUGACAUGCCAUGCCUAGACAUGACUCUUAGAAUAACGCAGUGAACUAGAAUGAGUGAUACAGGGUGGUUUUUGUUGGGCUGAGAAAAAGCCCUAGGAUCUUUUCAGAGACUAAGUCCCACUUGUAUGAAGUGUUUGAGUAGUGCAGCGGAAGUGUUGAGUAGUUGAA